AUGCGAUCCAAGAGACACAGACCAAAUAAAGAUAACACAACGUUCUACGACACCCAGAAAGAUAACACAACGUUCUACGACACCCAGAAAGAUAACACAACGUUCUACGACACCCAGAAAGAUAACACAACGUUCUACGACACCCAGAAAGAUAACACAACGUUCUACGACACCCAGAAAGAUAACACAACGUUCUACGACACCCAGAAAGAUAACACAACGUUCUACGACACCCAGAAAGAUAACACAACGUUCUACGACACCCAGAAAGAUAACACAACGUUCUACGACACCCAGAAAGAUAACACAACGUUCUACGACACCCAGAAAGAUAACACAACGUUCUACAACACUGAUAAACACAACACAACGUUCUACAACACCCAGAAACAAAAGAUAACGUUCUACAACACCCAGAAAGAUAACACAACGUUCUACAACACUGAUAAACACAACACAACGUUCUACAACACCCAGAAACAAAAGAUAACGUUCUACAACACCCAGAAAGAUAACACAACGUUCUACGACACCUAG